AUGUCGAAAAAAAGGUCCCGAAAACAUCGUGCGAUCAAACGAUUAAAACAACAUAAUCAUAAUUAUCAUCAAUCAUUCCAAAAUCUUCCACGUGAUAUAACUAAUAACAAUCUUUUUAUUAAACCGAAAUAUAAUAAAUAUUUUGAUUAUCCUUUAUCUGAAUUACUUGUUGAUCAUUCAACUGAUCCAAUGCAAAAUACUGCUCGACAAUAUGUAUCUUCUCAUUUAUCUAAUGAAGGUCGUUUUAUGAAUCAUGAAAUGAUUAUUCGAAGAAAUGGUGAAUCAACAAUUCAUCGACCUAAAUAUGAUAUUGUCCUUGACAAUGGAUGUACAAGAAUUAUUCAACCUUCGUAUUUAUUAUCAUCGUAUCAAUCUUUACCAUUCCAUUCUCAAAUAGCAUCAUCAUCAGUUAUUAAUAAAAUGUCAGUAGAGAAAUUAAAAGUGAAAAGACUCAAUAAAAGAAAACACAAAUGUCAUAAAAAUGAAAUAUUAAAAAUAACUGUGGAAGAUGGAUUACGUGAUAUUGUUGUUAUUAAAAAAGAAAAUAAUCUUCAUCAAAAACGAAUUCCUUUUCAAGAUUUAUCUUCCAAACGUUCUGAUAGAAAUAUAAUGAAUAAUAUUGAAUAUUCUUAUAAUUUACCUACAAUAGAAGAUUCUGUGAUCUCAAAGAAAAAAUUCAAAUUCGUCUGA